AUGACUUCUGUCCCAUAUCUACAGGGUGGAGGACUCAGGUCGGCUGAAGGAAGUGCAAUAAAAUCAGAUCAGUUUUUAGCUUUACAACUUAGAUCAUCACUUCCAUCAAAACUCCUAGAGAUCAGGCAUAUUAAAUCAAUAUUGAUCAAGCGUAUAACAAUAAAUUCAGAAGAUUUAAAUAAGUUAAGUGGUGAUACUUUUGGCUCAGAUGAAACUAGGCUUAUGAAAAAAGGAGGCAAUGAUUUGAAAAACAAUAAACAAAAUGAAAUGGAUGUGAAGGUUUUAAAUGAUAAUAAUAAACUCAUCAACUCGGCUGAUGAUUUAGCACAUGAUAGAAGAGAGAAGCUUUUACGUAAAGGAAAAUCAUCCUAUGACCUAAGUAAAGAUUUUAAAUCAGGACCGUCUUUAAAUAAUGUAAGCAAUAGGCCGAACACAGCUAAAGACGACAACUAUCUCACAACAGGGACAUCUGUACGAAAUACUACCCUUUCCCAACCCAUAGAAAUACGAAGGCAGCUUGAGUUUCAAAAAAUCAAUGAAGAUACUUUUUUUGAUUGUUUCUAUACAAUUAACAAUUUUUUGAACAUAGAUGAUCCUUAUUUCAUCAGCCGGGUGUUCCCUUCACACGUGGAAUUGGCCGAUGAAUUGGAAAUACACGCUUUUGCCAAAUCAGCUACGAUAAAUUUAUUUGUGAAAAGUGAAUAUAGCAGUUGGAAACUGUCACGCCAGUAUCACAUAAAGUUAUCGCUGCUUGUGAAUCUAGGCGAUGAUCUUUACCGCGUGGAAUCCAAGUUAAAGCACCUAAAGAACCUACUCCUCUUGAGAUUCACUGACGACUGUUACUACACUUUACCUAAUGAAGCUAUCUCUCCAGAGCUAAUCAAAAGUCUUCGAUCCACUUAUUUACAAAACAUAAUUGAAAAGUUUGAGGAUUUCCACUAUAAACCUAGUUCGUGCUCUUAUGAUCAAAUAAUGACGAUGAAUAAUUACAGUAGAUGUAUUCACGACUUACUUCAUACAAAGUUAGCUUUAGAUGAUCGAAUAUCACAGGAGCUUAUCAAAGAAAACAGUUUGCAUAAGAUUUUAGAUAAUCAAAACACUUUGAAGACCUCAAGUGAACACCUGAAUGAUGUAGUACAUAAAAAAGUUUCCCAUAAUUUCCAGCUCGAAAAAAAGGUUGCUCUAAUCAAAAAACAAAUAAAUGAACUAAAGUCACGAGUUUUACAGUUGAAAUAUCCAGCAGAAGUAAGAACUUCAGACACGAGUAUUGGUUUGGCCACUGAGACUUCUACAAUCCAAGAAGAGAACUCAAAACUGACGUCACAGAUAAACAUUGAAAAAGCAAGGAUCGCCUCUAUCAUUCAAUUUAUUUUUCCAAUGAAACCCAUUUCUAAUAAACAUGAUUUCUCUUUAUUUCAAACAUGUUUUCCUUCAUCGUUGAUACCUCAAACAAAAAGUUUUGAGAAAUCAGAUCAUAGCACAAUCAUACCAAUUUCAAUCGUUUCAUCCACAAUUAUUCAAAGACUAGCUCAAGUUUCACGACCUCACUCCGAACGUCUUAAUUCUUUAAUUGGUUAUAUUGCAUUGAUUGUACUGACUGUUGCGGACAUAUUCAAUAUUCCUCUCCGUUAUCCUAUAAGAGAGUUAGGUUCCAGCAGUUAUAUUCAUGAUCCGAUCUCUAAUUUCAAUGUUUCGCCAAGAGCUAGUUUGCCCAAAGUAUUAAAUGACCCAUCAGCAGCGAAAUCAGCAACUAUAUAUCCAUUAUUUAUUUGCCGAAAUGCCACACUGGCCGUCAAAUUCACAUACGCUUUACUAUUACUUCGUAAAGAUUUAGAACAGUUAUACGAAGUAGAAGGAAUAGUAAAAGUUGAAGAAUUCAAUUUACUAGUCGCAUGUAAGAUUUGGCUCACUUGUGUUGAGGGAUACACUGACAACAAUGUAGAUGAUUUUGAAGAUAUAGACAAUACCAGCGGGGGAUCAAUUGCGGGUGAUAGCACAACUGCAACUAAUGAGUAUGAUUCCAGCAACUAUAGCAGCAAUGCCAUUUCUCAAGUUUACGACGCUUUUCAUGAUGACGGGAAAGUGCCUUCGCUCCUAACUGCUUCUUUCAGCCGAAUUGAGCCAAAAAGACGAAUAUCAGGAUGCUCUAGAUUUUCGAAGUUCUCAAACGCAUCGGUAGUAUCAAGUUCAUCAAGAGAUUUGGCAGUUUCGGGUAUAUCUGCAAUCUCCGUUGGAUCAAAUGCUAGCUCAAUUGUAAACGAGUAUAAUCAAAAGUUACACACAGAAGAAAGAAUCAAGCAUAUUAAGAAGCAUUUACUCAAAGGAAGUAGUGGGAAACUUUAA